AUGACAAAGGCAUACAAACAAUUUGAAUUCGAUGAAUUGAUGGAAAAGGUUGAACAAGUUGAUGUUCGUGUAAAGAAUUACUUGGAAUCGGCAGGUUAUGAAAAAUGGGCUAGGGUAUAUGCAACAGUUGAUCGAGGAUUUGUUAUGACAUCAAACAUAGCUGAGUGCAUAAAUGCAUGUCUGGUUGAAGCAAGGGAAUUACCCGUAUACGAUUUUCUUGAGAAAGUAAGACAGAUGUUUGCAAGAUGGAAUUUAAAAAAUCAUACGUCUGCUUCACAUACUUUCACCACACUUUGUGGUAAACCUCAAGAGAUGCUUGUUGCUAAUGAAGAGGCAUCAUUACGUAUGAAGAUUGUACCAUCAAAUAAUUAUGUGUACAGUGUUCAUCACGAAGGUAGAACCUAUAUUGUCUGUUUGGAAAAUAAAACUUGUACUUGCAAGAGGUUUCAAUUGGAUGAAAUACCAUGUUCGCAUGCUUGGGCCGUUUUAAAGAAGAAACAUCUUGAUGUUGGACCAUAUUGUUCCGACAUGUACAAGCCAAGUAACUUGUUGGAUACAUACAAAAUUCCAAUUACUCCCUUACCUGAUCAAAACGAGUGGAAUGUACCUGGGUAUAUUAAUGACGACAUAGUGCGGCCUCCAAAGUACAAAAAGCUACCUGAAAGGCCAUCCAAGAAGUAUCGUGACAAGGCGUACAGCGAGCUGUAUGGGAAGAAGAGCAAGAAUUCUUGCAGUACUUGUGGGUUUAAGGGGCACAAUAGGCGUUCAUGUAGGAAUGGACCACGUAUUGUUUAG